GUUCCGCCUGCUAACUUCACUUCCGAUCAAUCGCAUCUCGGCGCGCCUUCAGUCGAGCUUCAAGCGGCGCGAGAAAGAGCCCGGCGGGCGAAAGAACGAUGGCCCCACCUUUGUCCUCCGCACAGACCGGCCAACCAACUGAAAUCAAUGAAUUUGCGAACCAUGUCGCCGCGCAAAUGGAGGGCUUUGCGCACGCCACGGACAUUGCCGAGGAAGCAAUUGCUCGGGAUCUGGAAGAGGACAACUCGAAAUCCGAGCCUGAAGAUACCGAUGGCGACGAUGAAUCGUCCUCAGGAUCCUCGACCAUUCGACAGUAUUCCAUGAUCAACUCCUACCGCCGACCAUCCUACGUCAACCCUGGACCUCGAGGAUUAGCCAUUGUAUCAUCCAGUGUACCGGAAAGUUCUUUCUUAUCCACGUCGGCAAAGAAGCACAAUUACUUGUCGAAGAAAGAGCGAGAAUCUGUGAGAGAAGAUGAGCGGAGCUUGCUCCGCGAUAACAAUCUGUUGCUGCCAAAGCACCCUCGAUCAGGCAGUGUGGGACCAGCUACCAGGAUAGGACCGAAGACCUCUUUCUCGAUCCUGCGAAAGGUCCGCAGCACGCCUGAUGAGGAGUCUGGUGGCCACGACGAUGCGUCAGAACGUGAUGCUCUUCUUGGAGGUGCUGGAGGCGAUCCGGAUCAGCCAUAUGGUGGUCUCGAUACGCCGAAGACUAUCAAUAAGAAGUGGAAUGAAGCAGUUGCAGCGGGCAAGAUCAACACAAGCUGGAAGCGAGAGACCAAAGUCUUGACCAAGAGCUCUGCACCCAUGAUCCUGACCUUCUUACUGCAGUACAGUCUUCCCGUAGCCAGUAUCUUCACCGUUGGCCACAUCGGCAAGACUGAGUUGGGCGCCGUGUCACUGGCGUCUAUGACUGCCUCCAUUACCGGAUACGCCGUCUAUCAAGGCCUCGCAACUUCCCUCGAUACUCUCUGCGCCCAAGCCUACGGCUCCGGCCGCCCACAUCUCGUAGGCCUGCAACUGCAGCGCAUGCUCGCCUUCCUGCUGCUCAUCACGAUCCCAAUCGCCAUAAUCUGGGCCUUCGGAACACAACUCCUCUCGCUCAUCGUCCCCGAGCAAGAAACCGCACGCCUCGCAGGUCUCUACCUGCGCGUCUUGAUCUUCGGCGCGCCAGGCUACGCGGCCUUCGAGUCUGGAAAACGCUACGUCCAGGCCCAAGGCCUGUUCAGCGUGAACAUGUACAUCCUGCUUAUCUGCGCCCCGCUCAACGCUUUCCUGAACUGGCUGUUCGUAUGGCAUCUGGGCUGGGGCUUCAUCGGCGCGCCGAUCGCUGUGGCUAUCACCGAGAACAUUUUGCCUAUCAUGCUAUUCCUGUACGUUCGCUUUAUCGACGGGUAUCAGUGCUGGGGCGGCUUCGACCGCCGCGCACUCAAGAACUGGACGCCGAUGAUUAAACUCGCGCUCCCGGGCUUGGUCAUGGUGUUAGCCGAGUUCCUCGCUUUCGAAGUCCUCACGCUCUCCUCCUCAUGGCUCGGCGAGACUGAACUCGCGGCCCAAUCUGUGCUGGGAAGUAUCACGGGUAUCACGUUUCAGAUCCCGUUCCCGAUGAGUGUGGCUGCGUCGACGCGCAUCGCUAACCUAAUCGGCGCGACGCUCGCGGUGCCUGCGAAGACGGCGGCCAAGGUCGCUGUUGUAGCGAGUAUUAUUGUUGGCUUUGGGAAUCUGCUGCUGUUGAGUUUGUUGAGAGAGCAGAUCCCUCGCCUCUUCACGCCCGAUGAGGAAGUCAUCGAUCUCGUCGCUAAACUGCUCCCGCUGUGCGCGACGUUCCAGGUCUUUGAUGCGCUGGCGGCGAAUUGUAAUGGUAUCUUGCGUGGUCUGGGGAGGCAGGAGAUUGGUGGGUAUGUAGGGCUCUUUGCAUACUAUGUUAUUGGUAUGCCGAUUAGUUUUGGAACGGGCUUUGGGGCAGGGUGGGGGUUAUAUGGUCUAUGGGCUGGCCCGGCUGUUGCGCUUGGUGUUGUGAGUUUGAUUGAGAGUGUGUUCAUUUAUAGGACAAGUUGGGAGAAGGCGGUUGAACAGGCGAAGGUCAGGAAUGCUGCGAACUAGAAGUAGCUUGUCGGCAAAGAAGUCAGAUAAGGUGCUUCUCGAAGAUAUUGCUGCAUGUUGUCACUCACAAGGCUUGCCGUAUGGGUUUGAUUGUGGAGGCAUGAACCUUCUGGUUCUGGUACAGUGAAUUGCAAAAAUGUGCAGACUCCCCUGACCUUGGUACAGUGAUGCGUACAGUAGGUACGUACCGUGGUUC